AUGUCUCCAGUCCGUUACAACGUCGUUCCAAAGGCCCUCUACAGUGGCAGUAAAUUAGUCACCAACGAAAAGGGUAUCGUCUCCGUUGACGAAUCAUCCGCCAAGAAGGUCAAUGCUGAUUCUGAAGUUUACUUACCAACUUGGAACAAGAAUGAACAUUAUGAACCAUACAAGUUUCAUGAACAUCAUGAUCCAGCAUUAAGAGCUGAUAAGGAACUUUCAAACUUAUUACCAAAAGAUGCUGAAAUUGAGGUUAACAACCUUUCUCCAAAAUUAGGUACUGAAAUUUCUGGUGUUCAAUUAUCUGAAUUAACUGAUGCUGGUAAAGACGAAUUAGCCUUAUUAGCUUCUCAAAGAGGUGUGCUUGUUUUCAGAGAUCAAGAUUUCAUUUCUAAAGGUCCUAAAUACCUCACCGAAUACACAAAGCACUUUGGUAACGUCCAUAUUCACCCAACCUCCGGUGCUCCAAAGGAUGUCCCAGAUGUUCAUGUUGUCUUAAGUGGUGACACCAAAGAAGAUGUUUUUGCUAAAAGAACUAACUUGGUUCAAUUCCACUCUGAUGUUUCUUAUGAAUUACAACCAACUGCAGUUUCUUUCCUUGCUGUUACUAACAUUCCAACUUCUGGUGGUGGUGAUACUGUCUUUGCUAACAAUGUUGAAGCUUACAACCGUUUAUCUCCAUUAUUCAAGGAAAGAUUACAAGGAUUAGAAGCUGUCCACAGUGCUGUUGAACAAGCCAACUUCUCAAUUGUUAAGGGUGGUGUCGUUAAGAGAGCUCCAGUCGAAAACCACCACCCAGUUGUUAGACAAACUCCAAGUGGUCAAAAGGUUUUAUACAUCAACAAGGGUUUCACUAGAAGUAUUGUUGGUUACAAGCAAGAAGAAUCUGAAUACUUACUCAACUUCUUAAUUGACCAUAUUUACAAAUCUCACGAUUUACAAAUCAGAGUCAAUUGGAAACCAAAUACCGUUGUUGUUUUCGAUAACAGAAUUGUCUCUCAUUCUGCUAUUCUUGAUUUCGACACCAGUGACCCAAGAUUGAUUAUUAGAGUCGCUGCUCAAGGUGAACGUCCAGUUGCUGAUCUUAAGGACUUAAACAAGCCAGAUGAAAAUCGUGUCUUUGAAGGUCCUGAAUACUUAGGUAAUAGGGUUUAG